UGUUGCAUAAAACUUAUAACAAUAAAUUACAUUAAAAAAGUACCUGAAGGACAUCAUAUUAACGAAAUUGUAUCCCUAAACGUUGGAGGCACAUACUAUCAGACUUUUUACGGUACUUUGGCUACCAGAAAUUGUAGUUUCUUUAGUCACAUUUUCCAAAUCGAUCGUACUGGUCGUGUUACAACUUUGAAACAACAAGUCAUUGAGGAUGAACAAGGAAGGGUUUUUGUCAACAGAGAUGGAAAACUAUUUGCAUACAUAUUACAAUAUCUACGUGAUUGUUCAAGGAUGGAGUUACCCGACGACACUGACUUGUUGAGACAGAUUGGACGUGAGGCGGAAUUUUUUGGCAUUGAUCGACUUCUAACGAUGGUCAACGAAAAAAUAACUGACUUGGAACAACGACGAAAUAUGCGGGAAGAACGGCUAGAUGCACUUAAUUCCAUGGUACGACACAUCUCUCAGCAGCUCUAUGUCACCAGCUUCAAGAAAUGA